AUGCGUCGCCAUGGCAGGUCCAGUGGGGGCUCAACUAAGGCUGUCUCGGCCAUGUCCGAUUCCGUUUCCCUCAUCCAUUCCUUCGAUUCUGUCCUGAACCCGAAUCGACCCGCGCGCCCAUCGCCAUUGACCUCCUCUCACAUCAAAGCUUUACCACUGGAACUUUUCGAUCGAUUGCGUUCCUUUCCUCUUUUUCAGGCUACACCUGAAUCCUUUCUGAUCGAAGUCGGUCAGCAUUUGCGCCCGCAGCUUCACUCCCCGAACGACUAUAUCUUGACUGAAGGCGAUGAUGCGAGGGCUAUAUACUGGUUGGUACGGGGUGCUGUAUCUGUUACCUCGCGUGAUGGAGAAAGUAUAUAUGCCGAGCUGAAGCCAGGAGCCUUUUUCGGCGAGAUCGGUGUGCUGAUGGAUCGACCGCGUACUGCAACAAUCAUCGCUCGCACCCGAUGCAUGCUGGUCGUGCUCACAAAGGAUGAUUUCCGCAACAUCCUGCCCCACUUUCCCGAAGUUGAACGGGCAGUGAUGGAUGAAGCUCAAGAGCGAUUGAUGAUCUUGGAAAAGAAAAAGAAAGAAACUUCUGCCCCAGUCUUUGAUGCUCCAAGUCCGAGCCCGAUGCGAAGAGGAUCAAAGAGAUUGCGGGAGAGCCAUUCCAGAGAACUUAAGUUGAAUGGAGAGGACGUGAACAUCAAGACAAUACAUAAGAAACGGAAAUCUCCGAGUCCAGGGAGGAGAGAUGGAUCCAGUGCUCUGGCGAAUGGUCUUGUCAACGUCCGUCUUUUGCUCAAAGAACUUCCUCUUUUCUCUGGGUUACCUGCCGAUCUCCUUCACUAUCUGGGUCUCAAUGCUCAACCUUGCUCGUUUCCCCCCUUCACGGAUAUCAUCAGACAAGAUUCUCAAGGACGUGAACUCUACUUCAUCGUACGUGGUGAGGUCGAGGUCGUGGCUGAUAAGCGUAAUUCCCGCCCUGUGAACGGCAUUACCAAUGGAGCUAAUCGUAUUGACGUUGAGAUCAAAGCUCGCCUCAAACAAGGCCAGUACUUUGGAGAAGUCGUUGGCUUAGAGCUUGCCCCGCGUCGAACAGCUACGGUUCGCUCUGUCACCUCUGUAGAGUGCCUCAUGCUUAGCGGGGAAGUUCUUUCUAAAUUUUGGGAAAUGUGCCCACCCAAAGUCCGCGAACAAGUGGAGCAAACUGCCCAGGAGAGACUGCAGGCAGGUGAUGAUGGAGACGUGAUGAUGAUGGAUGUUUCAGACGAACAGCUCUCUUUCGAUGAUGGAGUCAAGAUCAAUUCGUCCCGGAGAAAGUCAAUGCCCUUGCUUACACUCACGGAAACCGAACUUGAUGGUCCACACAAAACCUCCAUGAUCGAGGGUCAAGAUUAUUUGCCAUCAGACCCCGACCCAUAUCUCAACCUGGGACUGGACAAGGUCCGACUUCGAAGCCGACGUGGAUCAGUAGCGCCAUUGACACCAGAAGAAAUUUCAGGCGAGCAACAACGACCUUCCCCUUCUUCAGAACGCUCUGCCAGUUCGUCAACCCUAAAUCUUCCAGACGUUAUCAGCUUCUCAAAGCCACAUUCAGUUGCACACUCCCCUAGUGAUGCCCACCGUGGAAUAUUUCCGGAUGCCGUUCUAGUGAAUAUUUUCAAGUACUUGGAGCUUCAUGAGCUUCUCCGACUCCGCGCAGUAUCUUCUUAUUGGUCAGACAUCCUGAGCAGUUCACCCCAUGUGGCCAGAGACCUGGACUUGAGCGUGUACAAUAGGUGCUUAACAGACGAUGUCAUCGUGAAAAUUAUCUGUCCCUUCACUGGUAAUCGGCCGCGGUCUGUGAACAUCAGCAAUUGCUUUCAUAUAACCGAUGAGGGCUUCAAUACAUUGGCGAAUACAUGCGCUCCUCUCGCUACCACGUGGAAGAUGAAGAGCGUUUGGGAUGUCACAGCCUCUGCUAUCCUUGAAAUGACCACCAAGGCCACCUGCUUGCAGGAGGUAGAUCUCAGCAAUUGUCGUAAAGUGGGAGAUACACUCAUGGCACGAAUAAUUGGCUGGGUUAUUCCUGGUAAUCAAAAGCCCACUGAAGGAAAGAGCGCCACUAUUAAGCCUACUCUUGAAACAGCAGAAGGUAUAGUCUACGGAUGCCCACAGUUGAAGAAGCUCACGCUCUCAUACUGCAAGCACGUCACGGACCGCUCAAUGCAUCAUAUCGCCUCUCAUGCUGCCUCUCGAAUUGAAGAGAUGGACUUGACACGUUGCACCACCAUCACUGAUCAAGGAUUUCAAUAUUGGGGAAAUGCUCGUUUUACCAACCUACGAAAGCUCGUCUUGGCAGACUGCACUUAUCUAACGGAUAAUGCCAUGGUUCAUCUAACCAACGCGGCCAAACAAUUAGAAGAGUUAGAUCUGUCCUUCUGUUGUGCUCUGUCCGAUACGGCGACGGAAGUUCUCGCCCUCCAGUGUUCACAGCUCAAGUCUCUCAAAAUGUCUUUCUGUGGGUCCGCUAUCUCUGACCCUUCGCUACGAAGUAUCGGUCUUCAUCUCCUGUCACUUGAACACCUCUCAGUCCGCGGAUGUGUCCGAGUUACAGGUGUGGGUGUUGAGGCCGUCGCAGAAGGCUGUAACCAGCUUCGUUCCUUCGACGUGAGCCAAUGCAAGAACCUCGCACCUUGGCUUGAAGAACAUGGACCAGCGAAGUAUCAACCGCGAAUCAAAUUCCAGAUUGUGGCUGCCAGCAGAAACAGACCACCAUCACUCACUCGGCGAUGA